CAGGUAAUUAUAAAACAAUAUGUCAGACCCAAGAAAAGAUCCGUUGAUACUCAGAAAGUUCGCCUAUUAUGAAUUUCGUCAACGAACCCAGGUGGUAAAAGCUCACUCAAAACUCAAUGAAUUGGCUAUUCAAGACGGGCUCCAACCACUCUCUUAUCGUGAAGUUGAAGGAUGGUAUUUGAAGUUUACAGGAGGCGAUUUUGACUUGGAAGAUGACAUUCGAAUCGAUACAAAUGAUAGAAACAUUAUGGAUCUUCCAGAGGAACUUCAAAAAUGCAUUUUCAGUAAUUUGAAUUGCACCGAUUUCAAUAGACUAAGAAGAGUGUGUGUCCUGUUUAAGGAAUACGUUGACGCUGGAGAACCGAUGUAUGACAAGAUAGAGAUUGAAUUUCAACGGACCAUGAUUCUGGUCAAAAUAAACUGCCCAAAAACAGGAUUGCGGAUUACAAGAUAUGAAGAGAACGGUCCAAAUUGCAAUUUUAUUACAAGCGAAGGGACCGAAACAAAAGCCGCUUCUUUCAUCGAAGAAGCAACACUCGAUUUCUACACUGCCGUGAAACGGAAACACACAAAAUUAGUGAAAUUCACUAUCCUUGUGGCAAACAAUCUUUGCACCGCGGAAUCAGAUGCCAAAAGAUCCCGUUUCUUCGAACUGAUGGACGAAAAAUUGUCUUCGCUACCCUCACAGCUAUGUGUCGAGCGACUUGAUAUUUAUGUCAAAAAUCCUAUCGAACUGGAAACGAUUUUGCAAAAUAUGAAACCUGGGAUGCUAGAAGAGCUGCUUGUUCUGACUUCCUAUUUUCCCGAUACAAAUGAUGUACACGACAUGGACCAAAUCGUUGUGCUUCCACAAUGGGCGCAUAUCAACAAGCUAUUGAUAUGUCUACGCAGAACCAACAUUUCGCUCCUAAAUGUCGUCCACAUGAAAAAAGUUUCUAUCACUGAUAAGAUAAUUACUUUGGAUGAAAUUGUCAAAUACAAAACUGCACUGCAAAACAUUCAUUCCAUGCAAAAAAUGUACCACCAAAUAACAUGUAAUUUAAGUCAAGAAGAUCUGAAAAAUGCAUUCAAUUUAAACGAAACACUUAACGACCGUGGAACUAUUUUCGGAACCCUCACAUUGUCCAACGGAAAAUUUAUGAAUGUCGAAAUCAGGGAACGGGGGUUCACAAUUCGUUGUUAAAUAAUAUUGAUUGAUUGUUUGUUUUACAAUGUUUUAUGUACAAUGCCUGCUUUUUUAAAUUUAUUUUAUUGUACAAGAUUCAAUCUUCCAAAUAUGGAUAUGUACCUCCAGUCGGAACCGCAAAAUGUUUUUGUUCCGUAAAACAAAUAUUCCAUUAAGUUAGUAUCUUAAUGUUUAUUGAAAAACAAAUGCCAAUAUAAAAAUAAUGGAAUGAU